UGCGUAAUUGACAGAUGGGCUACGUUGAUGUUCAUGCAUACAGGUGUGCACGGCUGCUCGCGCUGGAACAACGUGGGGCCGCGUCUUUGCGCUACGGGCGCCUGCUUGCUGGCGUGGCACAGAAAUAAAGGGGUGCCCCUGCUUCUCCACCGGCAGGUCUGCACCGCUCGCUUUGCAAACCGCGCAACUGGGGCAUGCACCCAGUGAGCCCGCAGCAGCAGCGACAGCGGCGCACCAACAAGCUGCUGGGAGCUGGGAGCCUCUGCGCGGCUGCACAGCGACGGCUCGCUCUUUCGUAACGAAGUCGGGAACCUGGCUCAUUUUGAGAUUUAAGUGUUUUGAGAUAACGGCUGGUGAAAACGCGGAGGGUUUGGACAUUGUUUUUUUUAUUAUUAUUAUUAUUAUUUGUUGUUUUUUUUUACACCCCUCUAUCUGGUUUUCAUCCUUUUCCCGCAAGAUGAAGCUUCUUACCUGACAGAUCUGUGGCACCACGGCUGCUGCUGUCUACAGGACAAGACAGAGGCAUCAAAGUGGCACAUGUCAGAAAGAGACCUGCAGAAGAUGACUUCAUCGGAGCCGAUUGCCUGAAAGCAGCAUGAGAUAACCGAGGACUGCUGAUUCGAGCUGUUUUCUCUUUGAGGGCUGGUCCAAAAAAGAUGUUCCUGUGUGUGAGCUGACUGACGGGGGGUACGGGUCGCAGUGGUGUUCUAGCACGGGACGCAGCCAGCAGCUCAGACGCAGACACCACCAAGGGAGAUGGCGCGCCCCGGAUCGGGGCUGCUGGUGCCCAUGAACGGGGUGGGGUACCCACCCCAGAACCUGGCCAGGGUGGUGGUCUGGGAGUGGCUGAAUGAGCACGGCCGCUGGAGGCCAUACAGUGCAGCAGUGUGCCACCACAUCGAGAACGUACUGAAGGGGGAUGCCCGGGGAAGUGUGGUUCUGGGGCAGGUGGAUGCCCAGCUCUCCCCUUACAUCAUCGACCUGCAGUCUAUGCACCAGUUUCGACAGGACACAGGCACCAUGAGGCCAGUGCAGAGGAACUUCUACGAGCCGUCAUCGGCCCCAGGCAAAGGUGUGGUGUGGGAGUGGGAGAACGACAACGGCUCGUGGACGCCGUACGACAUGGAGAUCUGCGUGACCAUCCAGAACGCCUACGAGAAGCAGCACCCGUGGCUGGACCUGACCUCUCUGGGCUUCUGCUACCUCAUCGACUUCAACAGCAUGUCCCAGACCAACCGGCAGAGCCAGCGCAAGCGGCGCCUCCGGAGGCGCAUGGACCUAGCGUACCCGCUCAUCAUGGGCUCCAUUCCCAAGUCGCAGUCGUGGCCCGUGGGCGCCAGCUCUGGCCAGCCCUGCUCGUGCCAGCAGUGCAUCCUGGUGAACAGCACAAGAGCCGCCUCCAACGCCAUCCUGGCCUCCCAGCGGCGCAAGCUCUACGGAGGGGCGGCUGGCAACCCGGGCGCCACAGGGACCCUCGGCGGAGUGCGGCAGAGCAACACCUUCGCCGGGACCUCCCUGUGGUCCCCGACGUCCGGCUUCGCCAGCGCCAACCACAACAACAUAAGCGUGGGAGGUGGGCAGCCCAAAGCUGAACAGGUGCAGUCGCCGCUGUCUUCUGCCAACUUCCCCGGUUCCCCCGUGAUGCCGACGCUUUCAUCCUCCCACGGUCACCACGCGCUCACCAUCAACGGACAGAACAACCUGAACCGGCCAGGCACCCAGCGCAUUUCCAUGGGGACCACCCGAGGAGCCAUCCCGCCAGGUGUUCCUGCUUUACCAGUGAAGAAUCUGACCGGCUCUGGACCUGUGCACCCGGCCCUAGCAGGUAUGACGGGUAUCCUGAUGUGCGCUGCAGGUCUGCCCGUUUGCCUGACUCGAGCCCCAAAGCCUAUUCUGCACCCACCACCUAUCAACAAGAGCGACAUGAAGCCUGUGCCAGGGAUCAAUGGCAUGCGGCGCAAAACCAAGAAGAAGCACCUGAAGAGAGGGAAAAACCCAGAAGAUGUCGUCCGGAGAUACACGGAGAAGAUUAAAGUGGUGCCAGAUGAGGACUGUACCAUCUGCAUGGAGAGGCUGGUGAUGUCGUCGGGCUAUGAAGGCGUCCUGCAGCACAAAGGCAUCAAGCCAGAGCUGGUGGGAAAACUUGGCAAAUGUGGUCACAUGUACCAUCUGCUGUGCCUGGUGGCCAUGUACAACAAUGGCAAUAAGGAUGGCAGCCUACAGUGCCCAACAUGUAAAACCAUCUAUGGGGAGAAAACAGGCACCCAGCCCCCUGGAAAGAUGGAGUAUCAUGUCAUCCCCCACUCUCUGCCCGGCUACUCAGACUGCAAAACGAUCCGCAUCGUGUACGACAUCCCCGCCGGGAUCCAGACCAACGAGCAUCCCAACCCCGGCAAGAAGUUCAGUGCGAGAGGCUUCCCUCGACACUGCUACCUCCCUGACAACGAGAAAGGCAGGAGGGUGUUAAAGCUGCUCAUUAUGGCUUGGGACCGCCGCCUCAUCUUCACCAUCGGCACAUCCAGCACCACGGGAGAGUCGGACACGGUCGUGUGGAACGAGAUUCACCACAAGACAGAGUUUGGCUCCAACCUGACCGGCCACGGCUACCCUGACCCCAACUACUUGGACAAUGUCUUGACGGAGCUGUCGGCCCAGGGCGUCGGAGAAGACAAUCUGAAGGACUGAUGGCCAGCCCCUUGGCAACCAGCAACAGAGUCCAGCAUCCUUCAGAGAACGGGGACAGUGCAUGAUCCGCCGCCAUUCGUCUGAAAAAACUCCUUAACAGCUUACAACCUGAAACGUUCCUCAGAAGUUGGCUGACUGAGAGCAAUAGAAGCAAAAACCAAUGGUUUAGAUUUAAGUUUGAUCUCCACCCAGCUGUCUCUUGAUCCAUGCCUUGAGGAUAUUGAGUCCACGAUGAGCUCACUCCCACAGGGAUGAGGAUGAUUUUAUACUCGUAUCGGAAGCUGCAAGCUGCGAUUUGUACGUAACCCCUUUUAGACUUAAACCUCUAAAGUCUCUACACUUACGAGUUGAAUGGUCAGACGUAUUUUAAAGGCUAAGCUCUUGAAGGCAUGACCCUGACUGACGCUGCCUAAUGAAUGUUGACCAAAUAACUACAGCAGGGCGAGGAGGCACCGGAUACGUGGGAGAGAAUUUUAACUAUGAAAGUGUAUCAGAAUCGUUUUCUGCUUUGCUCUUUUUGAUUAUAUAGUUAAUAAUUGCCCUGUGCUUUUCAAAAAGUAUUCACACCCCUUCUCACAUUAUAACUGCAAACUUCAAUGCGUUCUAGCUGGGUUUUAUGUGAUAGACGCAGACACGGUCGUGGAAAAUUACGGUUUAAAGCAUAGUUUUGAAUUUAUUUUUUUACAAAUAACCUACUUUUACUGCAACAACAGCAAGCCUUUUGGGGUAUAUCUCUAACAGCUUUACACAUUUAGGGAUCAGUCAAAUAGGGGCAACAGCAUAUGUCGGGCUGACCAUAUUUUGAUUUGCAUAAAACAGGACUCUUGGCCCAGAUGUGAAACACUUUAAUGAUACGCUGUUUGCUUAAAGAAGCCUCAUAAUUGCAUACAUAUUUAAAGUAUGCCCUCUCUGUGUGGUUAGAUUUAGAUAAAUGUCAGAUGAGCUUUCAUAAGUCAUCGAGUACAAACAAACGACCAGCGCCGCCCUGCUGCUGUGUCUGUGAAGGGAGAAGCACCACCCACAAGGCGGCAGCUCGGGGAUGACCCUUCGCGUGAAAGAAAGGUCGAUGUUUGAUCGCCCUGGUGUCUGUCAACAUCGAUUUUUACUCUCCAAAUUGUUUGAUGAGGAGAUCAAACGCACGUUUAAUUAAAGCUUACGCAUAAGGGGAACAAACUCGGAUCCCAGCAUGUGGAUCAGCGGGUCCGCUCUGACUGACAGAGAUGUCUGCCUAUCUUUAUGGGCUUCCCGUGGGCGGGAGUGGUGAUAACAAGUUGUUGUUCUCCAAGGCGAAGGGUCUUAGUACCCAGCACCUACCAGUGCUGCAGCUGGGCUUUAUCAACAGAUGGAGACGGGAGGAGAAACGACUCCCACAUCCUGAAACGGAUUACCAAGUUCAGCUCAACAACAUGCUGCAGCUGCGCACCUUUUACAUAUAUGCAUCGUACAUAAUACAAAAAGUAAAAUGUCCAUUACAGGACAAACUUUAAACGGUGCUUUUCUUCUCGUCACUUCUACAUACGGGCCACAUUUGUGGAGUGUAUCAACAUAUUCUUUCUUUAAACUUCUCAACUUCCUCCCUGAUCUGUCUGCUCUGUCCCUCAGCAUUUGCGAGGCUUUUUCUUCACAGAUCUCCGCUAACAAACCUCUCAGGCCUUCACCGAACAUAUAGAUUUACACUGAGAUUAAAUUGAACAGAGACUUUAUUUGCUAUUUAGAUUAACUGUGAAGGCAGUUGGUUGCAGUGGCUUUUAUCUAAUUAUGGAGUGUGAAAAGACGGGAAAAUCGUUUGUCGUUUUCCUUCCACGUCCCACUUUUUUUGGUAUUUUCAAUUCUUCAGUACCCAAAAAAUAAAUAAAUCCAGACGAAAUACAUAAAAGUUUGUGGUUGUAAUGUGACAAAUUGUGAAAAAGAUCAAAGGGUGUGAUUACUUAUUCUAGGCACUGUACUUAAAACUGGCUGUGCAAUCAUUAGGGUAAACUUCCCAGCUUUCUUGAUGCUAUUUAAGGUCACUCUGGCGUUUUCAAUUUUCAUUUGUCCAGAAAUGUUUAAAUUUCCGUGAGAUAAAGACGUAUAGUUUACGGGUUGAAACGAGCGUCCCGUAACGGCAUGUAACGGGGUGUUUCGAGCUGAGGCUGUGCAGCAGGAUUUGCUCAAAGCUUGAACUCAUUCGUUUUGUCGGCCUGCCGGUGAGGCUGACCCCUGCGAACGGAAAGCCCGCUCUAUUAUUCUCCACUGUUGAAAGUUUCCCAGCCGUUGGCUCAAUUCAUCAUGCGAGUGCGUGGUCGGCUGCCAUGAGGCGUAGCGGUGCUGGUUUUAAGUCCUCGAGUGGAACAGCUGAGCGCCCAGACGGACGUUCCUCUCUCGGACACCAGUGGUUUCCCUUUCAGAGCUCCAUCAUGGGGCAGCGCUUCUGCUCCGGCGAGCCCUUCCUGCUGAUGGGGGCGCCAUGCUGAGCUCAACAGCCUGUACAGUGUGUGCAGUGAAACAUUUCCUUUCCUGAGUGAGCUCCUGCUGGUUUAGGCUGAUCCCGACGUAUGGUUUCAGCCUCCCUCCCUCUUAGCUGUAGGGGGCUCGAUCGAAAGAAUGAGGAAAUUUUCCAUCUUGUAUAUUGGCAGAGAAGGUGUUUUUAUUUAAACUUCGUUAUCCUCAGAUAUGAUGUCCCUGAGCUUGAGAUCCUCAAGGUCCUUGUGACGUUUCUUCGCAGCCUAUUGGUGGAUAACUCCUCUGAGUGUAUCUCAUCAACUUUAAUGAGUUGGCCCGCUGGUAAAAGGUUUUAUUAGGGGGGAGCAACCAGCCCGGGGCAGAAUCAUAGUCUUCCAUAGCACCUUGAGGCAACUUUUCUGUUUAAUCAGUAUUUUCAAUUUUUUGAGAAGAUGUCUAUAAUUGCUAUUAAUUGUCUUUUUUUAAGUUGAUGUUUAUAAACUAGCUUGCAAUGCUUUAAAAAAAUAUAUAUCUAUAUAUAUAUAUCUAAAUGUAUGAUAUAUAAUUGCAGAUGUGAUAUACCUUUAACUUCAAGCUCAGUUUGAGUCGGUGGCGUAAGUUUAGUUUAUUUUUAUACUCCUCUAUAUUUAGAAAUAAAAGAUUGUCCCACAUAUUUAUACACAGGCACAUGUGAAAAUGGAUUCUGGCAAAGUCUGUCAGUUUGUCAGGGACCGAAACAUGUACGACUUGUCAUGAACGUUGUAUAUUACAAGCGGCUGUCGUUACCUUAAUGCAGAAUCUGCGUUGCUGAUUGCCUGUUGGACACCAGGAAACUUUUAUUUUGGGCCAGGGAACAUUAGCAGCAUGAAGAUGUUUGGUUUUCUCCCCAAGGAAGGGCUUUUUUUUUCUUCUACAUGUCGAGAACUUGUUGUGAUCCUUUAUGUGAAAUCUUACAGGGAAAGGUGUCUGGGUUUAAUAGUAGAUAUAUAUGUUAGAGUUUGUUUUAGUAAAUUGAUUUGGUCUGUAAACCCAGUCAAAGAGCAUGAAAACAAAGAGAUAUAAUUAUUAUCAUCAGUCAUCAGCUGUCUGCAAUAAUGUGAGUAGGAAAGAAAUUUCCACUCUAAUAAAAAUAACCGCAACAAGAUAACCAAAAUACACGUGUAAUAAGUCCAAAUCUCUGGUAAUAUAAAAAAAACAAUCUAGUUUCAUGGGUGCAGCAAUAUUUCCAUAGGAUAAAAUAAUGUUCAAAUAAACUAACUCAUGAUUAUAGUGUAACAAAGAUAAUUCACAUUUAAAAUUAAAUGAAAAAUGCCUCUCCCUGGCCACCUUUUGGUACCCCAGGUAAGGAUGUGGUGAAGAGCUUGUUAUUUUUUUUCCAUGCCAAAAAAAUAACAAAAGUAAACCUUUUUUCAUUUUGUUACAGGUAUACACAAUUGACACUUUACAAGUCAUUUAAAAUGAAUUUAACUGAAGCUGUUUUUGUUUAUUUGUAAUUUACUAGAGUUAAUCAGAAUGUCUAAGAACCAUUUGUUACUAAUCCGAGACCUCCUGUUUCCCAGACAUGACACAGAGGCCAGUUUUCUCCUAGUCAAUCAUCUAAAUGGGAAAGACAAGAGAUCAUGCCAUUCCAGAAAGGUGGCAGUAUCAGUAUACGUCAAAAAAUAGCUUCAAGAAAAUAACUUUCCUUUUAAUGUUGCUCCAUAUCUACAGUCAGAAGAAUGAUUAAAAUGUUUCUGAGAGCUGGAGCUGCAACAAACAAGGCCAAACCCAGUUAGUCUUCCCAUUGUACGCAGUGAGCAGGGCGCUAAGGCAGGUUAAAGAAAACUCUUUGAAGCUCCCUGUUGGAGAACUCCAGCACAGAGUGUCCAUUUCAAUUCCCGCAUCUAAAUGAUAUGGAAAAAUCUGUGAGCAGAACCGAAGAGAAGAGAGCUUUAGAGGAGAUCCAGGAUUUUGGAUGAUUUAGAGAAACUAUGUGAAGAGGAGUGGACAAUGAUCCUUCUCUGUAUGCGCAAAAGGCUGAGAAAUGUAGAAAAAGACAAGGGGCUGUCCUCCUGGCAAAAGGGUACAACCCAAGAUAUUAACAGCAGGAGCGCCAAUAAGAGUGGCACUGAUUAUUUUGGUAAAACUAAUGGUUUCAAUUGAGAUAUUGCUUUCUUUACAAGUCAAUUUACUCAAAAGUUGGAUUUUUUUUUUUAUCUGUAUGAGUUUAUACUAAAAAGUCCUAUUUGAUGACACAUUUAAGAGUCUUCACACAUCUUUACCGGGGGUGCCGAUAAGUGGGUAGGGUCCUGUAAGAGCCCACAUUUCGAGCAUUACCCCUGCAAGUUUGCGAAGAGUUGCAACGUCAGCACAACUGAGCUCAUUUUUGUACUGCAUGAUGCAAAAGAUUUGGGAAAUCUGCAAGUUAGAUUUUCUUGGCUGUGAUGCAGAACCUAAACUUAUAUAUGCUGUAAUGAAUUAAACAGAACAACAUUCAGUGGGGAGUUCUGUCAGAUUUGGUGGAGCAUUUCUAAAUGCUUUUAGAAAAGCAAAACCAAAGAAAAAGCUCCAAUCCUCCACAGACGUCUGCAGUGCUGAGUGUCAGUCGCCGCCGUUUUACCGGCAGCAACUGCAUAACCCACCCUGCUUAGUAUAGACGUAAGCAAAAAGCUGAAACGUUAGCCUCGAGCCUGGACAGUUAUCCUCAACUGUGCGUGUACAGCAUGAGCGCGCUGAAACCCACUACCGAGCUAUUAGCUGCAAAACAAGCAUUUGAGCUCAUAGCAAGCACAAAAUAUGUUACAAACUGUUACAGAGCGAAGAAUAUUGAUUUGCCAAAGGUAUUUUCUUUGGUUUCAGACAGCGUUCUGCUGUAUCGUCCUGAUUAUCUGUUUAAACCUAAAUUUGUUAUUUCAAUCUCUCUAGUAAACGAAAUAUGCUAAAACAAAACUGGUAUAGAAGUGUAACGUUUGACCCAGGUGUUAAAAACAGACGCCGGUCCAGGUUUCCUCCUUUUUCUAAAAAUGGGACAGCAGGGGAGAAAGCUUUGAAUCAGGGAUUUUUUGUUUCUUUUUUCGACGUUGGGGGGGUUCAGAAACGGAAAGAAAAUAAUUUGCCUGAAUAAAGAAGAAAGAGAAGGCUUUUAUGCAAUUUCCUAUUUUCAAGCUCUAGACAUGGCUUGUGUGUAGCAGGACGGGAGAUUUCUGGUUUAUGUGACAGCGGAUGUUUCCUUUAUAGUUUGCCUACCUCCUCCUGGUUAAUGAGCAUAUAGGGGGUUGCGGUCUGACGAUGUUAAUAUGCUAUGUAUUUGAAAACAUAUAUUUUGUAUGUAUUUUUUAACGAUUGUCUCUAAAAAGAAAUCUUGUGCAACAUUACUGCUUCGUUCCGUUUAUUAGUUUCACACUUUCGCGUUUGAUUGUAGGUGGGAUAUAAGUGAUCAAAUGUCUUUGUCUUAAUAUAUUUACAGCUGUACUCUCUUGUACUGUCUGCUGCAAACUGUGGAUAUAUAUAUUUUUUAGUUUUUUUUGUUUCUGUCUAUGUCUGUGGUGUGGGGGGGGGCAGUAGACGAAGCUUAGGUUCAUGUCCUUUUAAGAUGCAGUGAUGCUCUCCUAGAGGUGCAUGUAAACCAAACUAAGUGUGUUGACAAUGCAGAGCUGUGUAUGAAAACAUCAUAGUGACUUUUAAAAAAAAAGAAAAAAAAAAAGACAAACACCACUCUAAUGUUUUCUAAUGAUUUACUAGUUUGUUUAGUCGGAUUUUGUUUUUUUUUUUACCUGUAUUGGUCUUAAUUUUCAGCCACAUGUGGAUAAAGUAAAACAAAUAUCAAGAGUACAUUUAUUUCAGCUAUUUAAGUUGCAAAGUGAAAUUUAAAUAUGGAUUCACAGCACACAAUCUGAUGUAUUUCAAGUGUGAUCUGUUUUCUGUUCAUUUUGAUCGUUUUUAGCUCGCAGGUGAUGAAAAACAAAAAUUCAGUUUCUCAGAAAACAGAAAUGUUAUGACCAUGUGGUUGUCUCCUCAAUCAUGGAGCUGUUGAUUUUACAGUUGUCCAACAGGCAGUCUUUGAAGCCCACCACAAAAAGUAAUUGCUAAAGAAGCAAGGUGUGAUUUAUCCCUCCACUCAACUUUCCCUUAAACUUUAGCAUACAGCACUUUGUGAACAGGCAGCUUCUUUAGCAAUGAUCCCUGUUGCUUAUGCACCUUUUUCCUUUAAAAUUUCCCUUCCAUUUAACUCUCCAUUAACAUUCUUGCAUACAGCAUUUUGUGAAAAAGCAGCUUCUUUAGCAUCGACCCCUGCUGCAUGUCCCCCUUUCUCCGCCGCACUUCUUUCCUCCACUUAAUUUUCCAUCACCAUUCUUGCAUACAGCGCUCUCUGAACAGUAAAACUUUGUGGCUUCCCUUAAUUAGUCGGUGACCGACGCCUGGACAACUGUCAGCAGUUUGGCCAUGAGUUCAUAUGCCGUGACAUUUUAUAUACAACUAAUUCUGUACAACAUAUGAAUUUUACUUUUGGAAUUACAGUAUUAUUCUCAUUUAUUGAGUCACACUUGUUGAGCUUCUCUGUCCCACUCUACAAACUCCAUAUAAUGCAUUUGAAGAUUUUUUUUUUUAAUGCAUUUGGGUGGCCAUUUUGAUAACUGUUUUUAAAUUCUCAUUGAUUUGUGAUUUGAUUUCACCUCAAGCAGUGUGACAUUAGCAAAAUGCAAGUCAUUGAGAGACACUGAUUAAACUAUAAAGGGCUUCUUAAUCAAUCAGUCUUUAUUGAAUUGUGAUGACCUUGUUGCAUGUUUGUGUGUUCCUUGUGGAAAAAAAUAAAUAAAUGUGCCCUUGGGGGCUCUGGGGGAUUUUCUCA